UUAAUCAAUUAUCAGGUUUAUUGUUGAGUGAUUUUCUGUCAUUUAACUAGUCAGUUAAUUGAGCAUGAAGCUAUGGAAUUUUUCUCAACCAAAACUAACAAGAAGGGUAAAAAAAGUGCAACCACAGAGUAUUUGUUCUUUUAAUAUUCAGUGUUACUGUUUUUGCAUUUGAUCAAUGUCUUUCUUACAUUUUCUUAAGCUCUCUCCUUUUUUAUAGUCAGAAUUACAUUACCAGAUACACUAACUAAGAAUCAAUGUCUUGUUUAUGUGUUCAAACUGAACUAAUUCAUCAACCAAAAUUUGCUACUGUAAUUUUCAAGGGAGGGGCGGAUGAAGCCUUAAUGAAGCUUGUGACGCUUCUUACUGAUUGUUUCGGAAAAAGAGUCAAAGCUUUGAAACUUUGAUGAAAGAAAGCAACAGGGAUGUUGUUUAGGAUGUUCUGAUAAUGAUCGUUUAUUCAUUAGAGUGCUACUAUAUUCAACCGCUUCCUCAUGUCCCUUUUAUCUUGUGGGUUAUGAGAUUGCGCCAAAUGUUCGUACUGUUCAACCCCUCGCUGCCCACCCCUGUGGUUCAGUGAUGCUUCGGACAUCAUCAGUCACAUGCAUGAACAUAGCACGACAAGUCCUGAAUUGCUCCAGGUUCUCAUAUCAUUCAGUUAACAUAAACUGCAGAAGAAAGUUUUUUACUUCACAGCAUAUAAUGAAAUCAAGGCACACUCACUCAAAAAGAAUUGAGGGACUGGACAAAAAUGUCUGGGUGGCGUUUACUUCAGUGGCAGCAGACCCAUCCAUUGUUAACCUCGGCCAAGGCUAUCCAGACAUCCCUCCACCUUCUUAUGUCAAGGAGGCACUAGCGGAGGCAGCGUCAGAUGACAGGAUGAACCAGUACACCAGAGGCUUUGGUCAUCCAUCUCUGGUGAAGGCCCUUUCGCAGGUUUAUGGGAAGGUCUAUGGACGUCAGAUUGACCCUUUCAAAGAAAUCCUGGUCACAGUUGGGGGUUAUGGUUCCUUAUUCACCACCAUGCAAGGACUGGUGGAAGAGGGAGAUGAGGUCAUCAUAAUAGAACCUUUCUUCGAUUGCUAUGUACCUAUGGUACGAAUGGCAGGGGCCAAGCCUGUGUUGAUACCGUUACGCCUUAAGUCCAAAAAGAAGACCAUCACAAGUGCUGACUGGUUUCUUGACCCAGAUGAGCUUUCCAGUAAAUUCAACUCAAAGACAAAGGCCAUCAUCAUCAACACUCCCAACAAUCCUAUAGGGAAGGUUUUCACCAGAGAUGAGUUGCAGGUGAUUGCUGACCUCUGUAUUAAACAUGACACUCUGUGCUUCAGUGAUGAGGUUUAUGAGUGGCUCAUCUACAGGGGCCACCAACAUAUCAAAAUCGCCACUCUGCCUGGAAUGUGGGAUAGAACAAUUACUAUCAGCAGUGCAGGGAAAACAUUUAGUGUUACAGGAUGGAAGCUUGGUUGGUCUAUCGGACCUGAGCACUUGAUAAAGCAUCUUCAGACCGUCAUGCAGAAUACUCUGUACACCUGUCCAACACCUUUACAGGAGGCCGUGGCAAAAGGUUUGCUCUUGAACUUUGAGCUGAUGGGUCAGCCCGAGUGCUACUUCUCCUCACUGGCAGAAGAACUUGAAGGCAAGAGGGACCGCAUGGCUGCCAUCCUGCAGGAGGUUGGUAUGACUCCUGUCAUCCCAGAGGGAGGCUACUUCAUGCUGGUGGAUGUCACAUCUCUCAAUCAGGACCUGUCACAUAUGGUUGAUGAUGAAGCCUAUGACUACAAGUUUGUGAAGUGGAUGAUUAAAGAAAAGAAACUGGCAGCCAUUCCAGUCACAGCAUUUGUUGGGGAUGAGUCCAAAAAGCAGUUUGAGAAAUAUAUUCGCUUUUGCUUCAUUAAGCAAGACAGUACUCUCCAUGCAGCAGGCAACAUUCUGAAAAACUGGAAUAAGAUUUAAUUGAGUGCAGUUUCUGAAGACUUCCGCAUGAUUUGAGGGAGGAGGACAAACCCUGUGGUCAACCUGAACGGUCGGGAUCUGACAGCAACAUUACGCACAAACUGGAAAUUAGUGAAAUGUUUAUAGUAAAACCGUUAAUAGUAAAGUGUGCGUCCACACUUUGGAGUGAAUCCUGUUUUGAGGGAGAGGAUCCUGUAGUUAACAUGCCUGGAAUGAAUUGUUGUGAUAAGUCCCCUAAGAUGUGAGGUGAGCUAUCUAAGGUGAAGUGUGAUUUUUAUCCUUUAUCCCACGGUGGAUAUAAACAACCCCGUAUUCAUUCCUAUUGUAAUACUGUAUAGUUUAAUUCGACAUUUGUUAUGAUAAUAUUUGCAUAGGGGUUUAACAUUAGACACACAACAGACACAGGACAAUUUUUUGAAAUUUUUACUUACAUGGUCCUAGAUAGGGUUGAGCCUCUUUAAUGUGUAGACUUACAGAUUGCCAAAUAUGAAUAACAAGUUGGAUGGAAUUAGCUGCUUGGGUUUUGCUAACGUGUAUUUUUUAU